GAUUAAGCUAAUAGCUUCACGAACAAAGACGAAUAAUAUUUUAAAAAUAUGAGCAUAUAAUGAAACUUUCAACGCCCCUAAAUUAUUAUUUUUUAUGACGAUGCAAGCUUUCAACGCCCCUAAAUUAUUUAUUGGUUAAUUUCAUGGUUUAAUAAAAUCAAAUAAAAGUACAAAAGAUUCAGUGGCUAAUGACAUCUAUGUGGUAACCAAUAAUUAAAAAUAAAACCAAGAAUCUUAAAUUUACGUAUCUACCCUUUAUUUUCUCAAUGAUUUAUAGUUUUACACUUUCUCCCUCUUUCAAAUUUCAUCAUCUCUUCGAUUCCGACCCCAAAUUGGAAGCAAGUUUAAAUUCGACACCAAUGGCAGAUUCAGAGCCAAUCAGAGAAGAGCAACAAGAGACUCUCCAUCACCAAAUGAUUCCUUCCGAGCUGACUCACGACGAGUUCGCCGAGCUAACCGACUCAAUCACCGAGUUCCACACCUACCAACUCGGUCCCGGUCGCUGCUCCUCCCUCCUCGCCCAACGCAUCCAGUCCCCUCCGGAGACCGUCUGGUCCGUCGUGAGACGCUUCGACCGUCCCCAGAUUUACAAACACUUCAUCAAAAGAUGCUCCGUCGAAGAAGGCUUCGAGAUGCGAGCAGGGUGCACGCGCUACGUGGACGUGAUCAGCGGCCUUCCGGCGAACACGUCGAGGGAGAGGCUCGAUCUCCUCGACGACGAGCGGAGAGUGACGGGGUUUAGCAUCACCGGAGGCGAGCACAGGCUGAGGAAUUACAAGUCGGUGACGACGGUUCAUGGGUUCGAGAGAGAUGGACGGAUCUGGACCGUUGUUCUUGAAUCGUACGUCGUGGAUGUGCCGGAGGGGAACACGGAGGAGGACACGCGUUUGUUUGCUGAUACUGUGAUUAAACUGAAUCUUCAGAAGCUCGCGUCGAUCACUGAAGGUAUGAGUCGGAGUUCCGGCGACGGAGGAAACCCUCCGGUGAUGUGAACACGAAAACAAAUUGGGGAAUUUCAUCUUUUUUUUUGUUUAAUAAAAUUUUCCAUUGUAACAUUUUUUUUACUGGAUUGUAAUUUGCCUUUUGUCGUUAUUGUUGUCUCCUGGAUAAUUGGAAACUGGAAUGUUCGGUAAGUGAAAUCAACGUUAGAGUAGCUGUUUACUUUUUACUUUAAGCCAUCUGAGAAAGAAAAAACUUGAUCUG